AUGACGAAGGAGGACUUCGAGAUGAUGCAGCGUGAGCGAAAGUAUGAAGGUGAAGGUGGUGAUGAGCUGGUGUUCAAGCCGGAUGUUCAUCUUGACAAGUUUGACUUCAGUGAUGAUGACCGGAUGAUCCACAAGAACGAGGCCAACCUUGAGGGGGAUCAUCGCAAGAGUGCCUCUCAGAUGAUGUCCAUGAUGACAGGAUGCUUCGCACCUCAGGUUGCAUCGCGACUGAAGGAGUACUUGAAGCAGGUGCUCAAGUCCAAGAACUCACUUGAAACCUUCGUGGACAAGGUUAAGGAGAUCGAGACCUUGUACGAGGAAAUGGGCGAGCUCAAGGCUGAAGCCAAGGCAGAUGCUGACGAGGGCACGCAAGGCAGCUAUGUCACCCCCGUCAUCAGUGAGCAGAUGUUGGAUAUCUAUCCAUGGACCGAUUCGGAAGACGACGCGACUGCACAAAGUCAAAAUAGUGACAUCGACAUGGAUGUCUCUGGUACUUCAUGGGCUUCUGCAAUCACCAGGGAGCCUCCUUCGCCCAGCUCGGCAGCUUCAAGUCUUGACCUUGAUCAGAGAUUGCUUUCAGAAACCACGGUGGCCUCCAAGAUUCUGUGGCAUUGUGUCCGGGUGAUCAACGCUGUCCGAAAAGACAAUGGUGGUUUUGCAUUGUGUGUCUUCAAGAUUGGUCUUACUGCCAACCCGUUUGAGCGCAGAGCAAGCUACCUCGAGCAGAACUUUCAAAACUUCAUUGUCAUACACAAGGUUUGCCGAGCCGAACUGCUCGGCAUGCUGGAGAUGCUGGAAGCUGCUCUGAUUGCAGAGUUUUAUGAUGAUGGACGGUGUUGCCGCAACCGACAACUGGGUGGGGAGAGUAUGCGCACGAAAGAUUUUCUGCCGAGGUUCCCGCCGCCCUACUAUGCUUAUUGUGUCCCAGCCAAAGAUCUCGUCGUGGACGCAAAGGCGGCAGUGAAGCGCGAUCCUUGCGAGGAUGAAAUCGAGCUGGGCAUCAAUCUGGCAGGAAGUUCCGGGGCCACAAGGUUCUUGUUUACUGUUAUCAGCAACUUGGUGGCGAAGACUGAUGACAAAAUCUUCGAUGAUGUCAUGGAAAUCUGGAGUCAGCAACUGAAGGCACUCCAAGAUGAUGGUUUUGAAAUGGGUGGGAAGACGUGGCGCGUCAUGAUUUUAGGAUUUACUGGGGACUCUCCGUUCGUCAAAAAGGUCGCCAAGACUACUCGCUCAUUCCACAAUGUUCGGAAGAGGCACACUUCAAAGAAUGUGCAGAAGGGCUGUUGCUGGUUAUGUAAUGCAGGGCACGACUCACCGGAGGAUGGCAUCUUUUAUCCCUUUGAACACCUGGGCUUGACUGCGCCUGCUUGGUUGCAGACCUGCAGGCUUAACAACCCAUUGCCAUGGGAUGGGAAUGGCUGCGCACUGCUCCAGCACAUGCUGCUGGACAAGGAUGACACGCCGGCAGCUUUCUUCAAGGCUGAUUAUUUUCAUGUGUGGCAUGCAGGGGUCGGGCAGGACUUUUGUGCAAGUGCCAUGGUGUACUGCAUGAAAGCACUGUUCGGAAGGGGGUCCGUCUCAAAGGAUGUGAGUGCUUUGAACGACGCCUUGAAAGCUUGGCUGCCAUUGGCCAAGCAGAAACUUCAGUGUGGACGCAUCACAGAAGACCUUUUAGGCUAUAAUGGAACACGCGAGUACCCGGAGGGCAAAUGGUCGAAGAACAUGGAUACAGCAGUUUUCACGAAAUUCAUCGUUCACCUCUUGGAGCGCCCCGACUUCCAGCCCAAACUUGAACAUGAUGAUAUUAUGCAGGACAUUCUCGCGGCUGGCAAAGCAAUUGGUCAGGUAAUCAGGACGUGUCUGGAGGCAGAGUUCUUCUUGUCGAGUGCGCAUUGUCAGACCGUCAUCAAGAAUGGGCACGCUUUCCUUAUGACAUAUUCCACACUUGUGGAGAAGUGCUACGAUCGGUCUUUAUGUUUGUUCAAGAUGCGGCCAAAGGUUCACUACCUGAACCAUACAUUCCUGAGGGUAUUCGAGGAAUGGCGUGACAGCUCCUCUGCCUGCAACCCGCUGGCGGAGGCAACAUUUAUGAGUGAAGAUUUUGUUGGAAGGGCUGCUCGCCUAUCAAGGCGGAUUUCCCCACGUGCUAUCGCGAUCAAAACGCUGCAAAGAUACUUGCUUUUCUUGCAGACAUCCCUAAGCAAAGAUACUUUCGCGAUGCUGGAUUUGUCAAUGCUGACUUGA